AUGUCUGAAUGUGACCUUUACAAUCCAGACAAAGUUUUUCGGAGGUUUAAGCUGGUGGACUUCCCAACAUCAUUUGUAGAACUGUCGACGACACAAAUUCUCGACGUUGAAAUUGAUCUAAAUACAUCUGCCUAUCUCAAAACAUUGUGUGAAGGUGGUUUGUUAAAAUUCAGUGAAGCACGUGAAAUUUCACCGUCUCAUAGAGCAUUUAAUAUAAUACAGCUAGACGAUCACACAAUACAAAUAAUUUACCAUCCAAAAAAUGAAUGCAUUUCUAAAGCUAAGCGUAAUAAGCAACUCGGCAAUCGAUUUGUUUUUGAUCUACGCCUUAUACAAGUAAAUGAUUCAAGAUGUUGCAAUAAUGAGCUUCACGCAGAAAUUGGUCGAUUUUACAUAAGUGGUCAAUACGAAUUCUGUCAAGUCACUCACCAUCCUGAUCCAGUCGAUUUCGGCAAUGUAGUUGUUAAUAAUAGAGUAACAAAAUACGUCCGUAUGCGAAAUGAAUCUAGUGUAAUAGCCGCUAAAGUAUGCUAUGAAAGACGUGGCAAUUUUGAAGUUGUGCCGUACAAAUUUACAAUACUUCCUAACUCAUCUAUACGAUUAGCGAUUUCUAUAAGACCAACCUCAUUAAAUAUCCCAACAACUUUAUACUUUCAAAUAAGAAACCCUUAUAAUGAUGAAUUACAAUUUAAAUCAGAUGGAAUAGAUGAUAACUUUAUAACAUAUACAAUAAUUGGAAAAAUAACUAUAAUACAUAAUAAGACGCCAAAAAUAGUAGAAGUAGAAUCGUUACACACUUUAUAUGACCAACUGCCUAAAUAUACAUAUAUAGAUAAAGAAUUAGAAAUACAUAAUAAACGGAAAGCUACCGCCUUAAAGUAUUUUGAUGUGGGUAAGCAAACUAGGUUUUCACCAAUGAAGAAAGCCUUGAAAGAAAAAUUCGCUACUGGAAGAGAUAAAUGUUAUAUAGAUCACUUGCCACCGAUGAAACCAGAUGGUAAUUUUUGUAAAGUCGUAGAACCAACAGCUUCAGCAUAUGAUCUGUUUGACAUCGAAUUAUCCCCUUUUUUAGUAGAUUUUGGAAAAGUUGGUAUAUCAACUUAUGGCAAAGAAGUACUCACUAUAAGAAACGGAACAAAGUUUAAAAUAAAUAUUCAAUUGUGCCCUAUCGAUAACAUUGUAUACACUGAAAGUAAAUUAUUUAGUACUAUAUUCCGGCUCGAUCCUUUAAAACAAACGAAAGUAACAAUGUUUUGCCUAGGUUUUGAGGAGGGAAAAUUUCAAGGUUCUUUCGAAUAUCUUAUAGACAACACUUACAGACUCAAACAUAUGUAUUCACUCGAAGUAGGGCAACCAACAUUAAUGGUAAUGGAAAAAAGUUUGAAGUUUGGCAUGGUUACAACAGAUAGUUUUGUGACAUCAGUUCCAAUACGAUUAUACAACAAAUUUAAUGAAACAGCUUAUUUUAAAUGGACAGAUAUACACCCAGAGAUUCCGUUUGAGAUCAUGCCCAUGACAGGAUCUAUACCCGGUCAAAGUUGUAAAAUAUGCGAUAUUAUGUAUGUUUGUAAACCCACCAAAACAAAGAGCCAUGAAGUAGAUUUUGUGUCUAAUGACUUUGAAACUAAAGUUGAACUAAGCAUUACAACACGUAAAUUAUCUAUAAAGUUUUUACAGCCGGCUGUGAUCUUUAAAGAAAUCCCCUUGAAUAUGGAAACCAUCGAAAAAGUUAAAUUGGAAAAUUCUUCAAGAGAGAUUGCUUUGUUUUAUGUAGUUGAACCCUUAAUUCCAGGUUUUAGAAUUGAACCCAUGAGUGGGACCAUUCGUCCUAAAAUGAUAAUGACUUUCGAUAUCAUAGUAAAAAUUCCUUGCGUUGUGGAAUUUGCUUUUGAUGUUCUGGUUAAAAUAAAUAAUAAAGAAAACGUAGUCUUGUCAGUCAGUGGAACUGUCGUCGAACCAAGAAUAAUAAUACAACCUAAGAAUAUUUAUAUGCCACGUAUACCCUGCCAUAUGAUAACAUAUGUACCAGUGACGUUUCAAAAUCUGUGUUCUGUAAAAACUGAGGUUCAGGUUCUUGAUACAGGUGAUGAUAACAUAUUUGAUGUGUAUAUUGCUCAUGGAAACGAGAAACAGAAAGUUUUUGAGUUCAUAGUCGAAGGUGGGCAAUCUAAAACAGUAUUCAUUAAAGUAUGCGACAUAUUUCGGAGAGAGUACGAUAUGUACAUUCCUUUUAAAAUAAAUGGUUUGCUUGGACCUCCUGAACAAAGUGAGGUUAGGUCAACUGAACUUCAGUAUUACAUUGGAGAAUAUGAACAAUGCUACGAGAGUAAUCCGAAGAUAAAAUUGAAGAGUAUAAACAAAGAUAUUAGUUACUGUCGUAUAAUCGGUGUGAUUACCGUUCCUUGGUUAUCGUUUUCCGUGGACAAGUUUGAAUUUGAUUAUAUUCCUCAUCAAAAUAAUAUAAUUGAAUUUACAGCUAAGAAUAUUUCCAAAUAUUAUUUAUAUGUUACUAUUUUAACUGGGAAAUUGGUACCUAAUUUUAGCUUGGAUAUACAUACACAAGACUGCCAGUCAAUUAUAAAUGAUAGUCAUAUAAAGUUUGAACUGGAUCUAGAUCAAAGCGUAGAAAUGUCUGUCAAGUUCCACCCUAAAUUUAAUGGCAGAUUUGUGACCACAGCUCUGCUGUUUUUAGAUAAACACAUGACCGUACCAUAUUCAAAUUUGACUUUUUAUGGAAAAAGAGAAACACGCGCAAUGAGACCUAGUACUUACCGUGUUAUAUUUCCACCUUGUUAUGUCGAAACUAAAGUAACUCGAAUUAUAACGAUUGACUAUGAAGCAAUAUCCGACUUAGAUGCAUUUUCUUGUCAAUCGAAAGACGAAAAUAAUGUUGCAGUUACGUUUAUAAAUCAUAGAACUACAGAAAGUAAUGACGAAACACACACUUUUAUUGACGUUGAGUUGGAAAUUUGUUCUAAAACUCCAUGUACUGGAAACGUGAUGCUUAUUUUCAGACACGAAAGUGAAGCCGGUUGUGACGUAGAAGUUCGUUUUUGUGUCACUUAUUGUCCAUUGACCUUACAUGCAAGCCAUUUGGUUACACCAAAUGAAAAUCCCUUUCCUUAUUACCCCUUAGAGUGCCAAACUGAGUUAUAUGGUUACUUGGAAAAAUGUUGUAUAUUCCUGGAGAAGUGGAUGUUCCAACAAGGAUUCAGAAGAGAUCUAUACCCUGUAAUACCAGAUACUUUUCACGCCAUAUCGUCCGCGGUCACGUCACAGAAUGCAGCAAAAUCUGGCAAAGGAAUUAAUGUUUCAUAUUUAAAUUUUGUAAGAAGAAUUGCAGGGCCUCUGAUGAAGCACGUGCGCAAAGUCUCGGUGCAAGCAGUAGAUGACACAUUCAAGAGUGUGUACGAAAUUCAUGAGACCUACAAAGGCAUACUUGCUUUAUUACAGUCACGAGGCUGCAAUCUCUGCGCAUUACAACCAACAUUCUUACUAAGUUAUGAGCAAUUUAUAGUUUAUGCAGAGAACGUGACCCCGAAGUGCAAUCCUGAUAUAGCACUAACAAAAUUACUUUUAUCGGAUGCAGAUUUAUUUAAUAGGUUAAAUAAACAAAGUUGGAUGGACUUUAUCUUACAAACUUAUAAAGUUUUCAUCAUGGAUAGCUGUUUUUUUGAAUGCGUGUGUGUCAGUACCAAACCAAGGGAUAUUGUAAAUAAUUUAGUUACAUGGUAUAAUGAACAAAUACUAUCACAACACAAUACAUUACUAGGAAACAAUAAGCCAGUAAAACAAAUCACUAAUAUAACCACAGAUUUAUCAGAUGGCGUCGCUCUAGCUUCUGCUAUACUAAAUAAUUGCCCAUUCCUAAAACGUCACUUUUCAAUGUUCUGUGAAGUAACUGAGGAAAAUAAAGAAGGCGAUAUAGUCAAUAACGCUUGCCUGAUUAUUGAAGCAAUGAAUCAGCUAAGAUUAUACUUUCCACUGUCCAGCAAAGAUUUUUUUGACCCCAAUUUUUUACAGAUGUUAUUUUUAUCAAUUCAUCUUUAUGUCGUUUUGCCAAUGUUUAGGCCUAAGGCAACUGUAGUUCUAAAUCCAUCACUAUUGAAAAGCUCUACACGCCACGUAUCAAUAUGUCCAUCUAGUCAAGAAUCAUUGAUUUUUUCCUACAUCAUUCUUAACAACAGCAGGAAUGCCUUUACAGUUGAGAAACUUGCAUCUGCUGACAACGGCAAGAAAAUGUUUUUAAGUGUAAAAUAUAUUGCCAAUUUUGUUGACAAAGAAGAAUGUUUACUACUUGUACACGGUUACAACAAAACACGAAUAUUCGAUACCUAUGUAGUGUUUAUACUUCAAGGACAGAUUAGUGCAUUAAACCCUGAAAGGAAGUGCAAGGUAACCGGACCGUUAUAUAGACCAAAUAAAGUAGAUAUAAUGAUCUCAUCUCCUUUCAUAUGUUCAGCUAACUUUAAUAUUUAUAUCACGGAUACUGAACCAACUGUUCCUGUACAUUUCAACGAAAGUCAAAAACCACGAUUUUAUGUACGACGUCUCAACCUCAUCGACAAGGAAGUAAUAUUGAACGGUGCACCCAAAGAAAGCGGCCAGGAUAUUAUAGAGCACAAAUUGUAUUUACAAAUCAUCUGUCUUAGUACUCAAAUAGGUAAUACUUGGAUUUGGUUUAGGAGUGAAAUUGGACAAUUCUUCAUAAGAGUAACCACGCAACCUCGUUGGGAUUUAGCUAUAGACACCCUACAGGCUAAAAUGCAUUCAUGGCCAGUAGAUCCAUGCAGCUGUGGAGAGUCCUGUGAGUGUUACAGAACAACUGUCCUCACAAUACCGCACCGCAAUGAGCUUAUGCUCAAAGCAUUGCGUUAUGCGUUAAUUGAACAUGCCUCUUCAAUAAUGAUGGACAUAUUUGAUCAAUUAAUCGAUACGACAACUGGCAAAUUGAUAUUGGCAAUGUUAUUCGAGGAGGGAGGAACAAACAUGUCGGAGUUGAACCACGUCCUCAGGAGUCACACGACGUACCGACUAACAUCAAAGGCGCUAGUGCCACGGAUUGACCGCGUGACGCUUGCUCAACAUACUAAUUUAUACCUAACACUGCCGAUUACUAUACCGCUACACGAUAAAUUAGAAAAAUAUUCUAUCACUUUCACGUCAGAUUGUGGUAAUGAUAUCCGCACGUAUAGAAUAGUCUUCGUAGAGUCUUCUCUUGCUGAUGCUUCAGCGCAUGCGGAAUUGUAA